AUGGACGAGUAUGAAGAGGCUGCUAAAGUCUCAGGGCCAAUGGAAGCUGCUUGGAUUACAAAGAACAAUGGUGACGAUCUGUACCUACAAAGCACGUACACUUUCACCCGAGUUCUCAAUAGAAGACUUGCUCAUGAAAGCAAGAAGGAUAAGGUACGACGUCGUAGGCCUGGCCGAGACGAGACGACACCACCCAUUCAACACCGUAUAUACAACAUAAGCAAACUGUUUCUGAGUACACGCAACAAUAAAGGAGUCGACGACGUCAUGGUUCCCUUCAACUCAAGUUUGACCAUGAACAUCGAACUAAUAACUCGAACCGGACAUUUACGAACAAAGAGAUGUGGAUCAGUACCGUCAUUGACAAUCUUCGCCGUUUACGCACCGACAUCAACUAUGACGAAGACGGACUAG